CAGGACUCCGUGAUAAAAUACUCACUGAAGUUGUCGAGCGGCAAUGGGGAAGAAUAUGACGAAAACAUCGAAAUUGACGCUGAAAAGGAAACAGAAACGUUUCACGUACCAAAGACUUCGCCUGAUGAAGAAGCAGGAGAUAUAGUCUACGACUUUAAAAAGGUAAUAGAGUUUUAUUUUCACUCUUGGAGGAAAGCGCUGUGCAUAUAAGCGAUAGGGAUUAGCGUCCUUGGGAGUUUGUAACCUGUUUCGGAUAAUUAUGAAUUAUGAACCGAAAGUACAUGAUUCAAAGUGGUCUUAAAAUUCAUCUUUGCAAUAUAAUUGCCUUUGACGUUCGUGCCAUCUCCGUCUUUUUUUCAGAUUUCAAGAUUUCUUCGGUCUUCUUUAAGACUUUCAUACUUAAGAUUAAAAAACAAACAAACGAACACCAAAAAUAAACAAACAAGCGAACAAAAAAUACAAAGCAAAACCAAACUAAAACAAGCCAAAACGCAAACGAUUUGUAAAAGAAGAAGACUGAGAGUUAGCAGCCCCAUUGAAGCGACGUUUCUAAUCAUUUCCAAAUAAAUGCUAUCUGAAUAGGGUAAUUAAUGCAUAAAAGCCUAGCAGAUUUACUUAAUGACCCUUCUAUAGGGGUCAGGCUAAAGUUCUGCGUGAGAUAUAUUUUUUAAACAAAAGUUUUAACUAGUUUAUUGAACACGAUAAGUCAUGCAUCUUAAAUUAAAUCUCAACAGAUCAGUAAAGUUUACUGAAGCGCCAAUAUAAAUCAGAAUUUAAAACCUUUGAACAGUGUGAACCCUUGCCGAAACUAUUCACCAAAAAUAUUUCUUUUUUUUUCUUUUUUGAUCAACAAACGAUAUGGCACUUUAACGUAAAAACGUCACUUUGCUAGCAGAAUUUCUUUAAAAUGUUUUUGACGAGACUGUGAUCUCCACGCACAGCCAACGCUAACCGCCUCAGAGGCUUGGAAUUAGUCCAUUGACUCAACAAAACGGCCAAAAUACUCCAUUCACUAAAAUGACGUGAAAGUUCGCGUGACAGUGAGAAUGUGACCUCCAAGGGGUGCUGGUUGUCGAUAUAGAUUUAAUCAUUCUACUUAAUUCCAUUUUUUCCUGCAGAAAAUGACAAUGAUACGCUUGCCAGCAGCAAAGGCUUGCUAUUUGACCCAUUCAACUGAUGACGCUCUCAAGCCCGCCGACUUAAUGAAAGCUUUAGCAUUGGUAAGUGCCAUAUACAGUUAAAUCACCUUUGUGAUUCAAGCCAAUUGGAUCAUCAGGAAGUUUACGGGAUAAAAUGCUAGCUCACAAAAACCAUUAGUUUUCCACCGCGGCUGCCCUGGUGUCUGGAUUCCUAUCGCUUUAAUGCUUGUCUUUCUUUUAUGGUUAGGUACCUCCUAAAACAGAUGGAGGGUUGCCAAAGGCUCGAACUGACAUAAACCUAACAGUUGUAGGAACUCUUGAAGACCGAUCAAAGCUAAGUGAUGAAAUGGCACGUUUGUGUGCCAAGCUGCCAAUCUACGCAGUGGUGAAAGGAGACGUAAAUCCCUUUGACUUCAGCGAAACAAGACAAACACCUAACCCGGAAAAUGCUCUGAAAGCACGUAAGUGAUAGUGAAUAAAGCUGAAUAAGAAGUUUGGCCUCUGUUACGACACAGUUUACAGUGUUUGCUCAGUCAAAUGAGAACAAGGUGCAUGCUCGUAUAAAAAUGCUUUAUAAGUCGGCUUUACGAUAGUCUGUAAAACUUAAAUAAUUUCGAGUCCAUUUUAGUUUGAGAGGUUUUAAAACUGACUCAGCCACAAGCAGUUAGAGCCCUAAAUAUAUUAGUUGUUAAAGGAGCUGUGUCACGGCAGUCCAGUUCAUUUUGUUAAAUUUUGCCAAUUACUCUUCCUCAAUCGCUAUGGAACUUAAAGUAAGCAAAGACAUUACAUGUAAAUGACAAAAUCAGAGAUCCGUGACAAACAAAUAUGUCUCCUGAGCAUUAUUUUUGAAGUUGCAAGCAGCAGGGAUCAACUUUGAAAAACUGUUAGGUCAGCGAACAGUUUUCAAAAACCCUAAUUUCAAUCCGUUUUAAUCUUCUUUAGUUUUGCCCAUCUGUGGCAUCUGUUGUUUUAACCUUCCUUUAAAGUUUUAAGCGGUUAUUUUUAUGUUUCUCUUAAUUUAACGGGCAUUGUUUAAUUUCCUAAUUUGGCUGAAUUUCGUGACACAGCUCCUUUAACGGUAAAGGGAUGCAAUACUUACACUAAGUGUGCUGUGCCUUGUUUUCUUUCCUUAGGUAAGAAACGACAGUUCCUGAGACGUGUUUGUAACAGGGUGUGUGAUUGGGCAUCUAACAGAGUUUGCAAUUGGGUGCCAGAUAGUUGGGGAAGGACGAAAAGGGUGUGUCACUUCAUCCGGAGACCGGUGUGCAGAUAUGUUUGCUCUGGGUAA